AGUGGGCGGUGUUGUGCUGAAACUGCGAUGCAUCUCUUCAACUGGCCUUAAACAAAAUCGGCGGCUUAUUUCUAAGUAGGCGGCCGUUGAGCGAAAUAGCCCAAAGAGGACGUUAUUUGAGAGGCGCAAAGCAAAAGCACCGCAGCAGGUCCAACCAGCGGGGCUCGGUCACCCUGACGGCGAUAGCCCGGAGCCGGAGGAGGGAUAGCGGUGUCGGUCAGCCAUGGGUUUCCGCAAGAAGAACAAGAGCCCGCCGGUGCUAAGCCAUGAGUUUGUUAUCCAGAACCACGCCGAUAUGGUUUCGUGUUUGGCUAUGAUCAUCCUGUUGGGCCUGAUGUUCGAGAUGACCGCUAAAUUUGCCAUUAUGUUCAUCACGGUCCAGUACAACGUAACACUGGUUCUGGAUGAGAAGACUGAGCCUGUGAACCUUUACCAGUAUGGCCCUAAAGACAUUGCCACCAUAUUUUUCUACUUGCUCAUAGCGGUCAUACUCCAUGCCUUGAUACAGGAAUAUAUUCUUGAUAAAAUGAACCGGAGGUUACACCUGUCAAAAACCAAACACAGCAAGUUCAAUGAAUCUGGGCAGCUUGCGGCCUUCUACUUAUUCUCCUUCAUCUGGGGCUGUUUAACAGCGGAGGAAUUUGCAACAAAUCCUACUUUCUUAUGGGAGGGUUACCCACACACCCACAUGGUUUUCCAGGUCAAGUUCUUCUACAUUUGCCAAAUUGCCUAUUGGCUCCAUGCACUUCCUGAGCUGUACUUUCAAAAAGUGCGAAAGGAGGACAUUCCCCGCCAGCUCUAUUACAUUUGCCUUUAUGUUGUCCACAUCACUGGUGCCUAUAUCUUGAACCUCCACCGACUGGGUCUAGUGCUGCUGGUCCCUCACUACCUGGUGGAACUGCUGUUUCAUGCCUCGCGCCUCUUUUACUUCAGUGAUGAGAACAAGCAGAAGGGUUUUACUCUGUGGGCUUUACUUUUUGUCAUUGCUCGUCUUCUCACCCUCACACUCUCCGUUCUGACUUUUGGAUUUGGGCUGCCCCGUACAGAAAACCAAGGGUUUUCUCUGGCAGAAGGCAACUUCAAUGUGCUCACCAUCAGGAUGACCUGCCUGGCAGCUAUCUGCUUGACGCAGGCCUGGAUGAUGUGGAAAUUCAUUAACUUCCAGCUGAAAAAGUGGAGGGAGCAUAGCCAGAACCAUGCCUCAAAGAAAAAGGCAGUCAGCCCAAAGAGUAAGCCCCACAAGAGGGAGCCGGCCAGGGAGUUUUGUUUUGUUUUUGUUUUUUGUUUUGUUUUUGUUUUGUUUUUUUUUGUCUUUGUCAGGAGGUUCUGCCAAUGGCAUUGUGAAGCCCGAGGACAAGACGUCACCAAGGGCAAGAAAAACCAAAGCUUCGUAAAGAUGGAGGAAGAGGAAAACCAGGAUGAGGGGGGAUAUUUGUCAGUGCGACGCUAUCUAAUCACAGAUAUAAGUUCAGUCUGCUGUUAUCCAACACAACCACUUAAGCGCACUAUGAAACCUUACAUUACUUUCCCUUUGGGGAUGAAACUCUGGUUUGAAAAAUUCUCUGCGUUACUGUCUAUUUAAAAGGAUUCUUCAGUUGAGUUCCUUCCAGAUGGGAUGUCGGAAGGGCUGGUCGGUAAUUAGUUGGUUUUGAUGCUUUAAUUGGAUAGAUGUAGUUCUUCAAAGUGUCCUUUAGUGUAUAAUAGUCAUUACUCUUGACGGUACUUAAAAUGGAGCUGCUUUACUGCAGUAUUGACUCAACAUCAGAAUAUUAUAAGCAAGGCUCAGCAAUUUCAGUUUUUACCGAUUUUCACCGAAAAAUACCCAGAUUUUCAAACUGAUUUUCACCUGGAUUUUAUGUUUCCACGGAUCCAAAAGUUGUUCAUGUGCGCGUGAGGUUAUGUAACAGUGUCCUCUUGUGGUGAAAUUUGGCAUGCUGGGUGGCUUUGAAAAAUAAAAACCGAAAGCGCUGAGCCUUGAUUGUAAGAUAGAAGUCUGAUAUUAGGAACCAAACUAAUAACAGAAUUUUAAUUUCAGGUUGACUUGAUGUAAAGCCUUGGUGUACAGAAAAACUGUACCAAUUGUCUUCAUGUCAAGAUGGGGGCUUUAUACAGCCCUUUUGAUAAACUGGCCACAGGCUCACAUCCAAAAAUGUAUCCCGUCUUGCACCGCAAGAUGGCGCUUUCAUGUUCCGCUGUUGUCAGGAAAACUUGGUGAAACGAUACAAACUUAAUCGCUCUGGAAGAAUACUCACUAGUUAGGUAUUUGGAAUAGCUGUCAUCAGAUAACGGAAUAAGGCCCUUGGCAUUUAAUCUCUUGGUCAUUUACUGCCAUUACCUGACUCGCCGCUGCCAUAUGAAAUCUGGUGUAUUACAGGAUUGAGGGCACUUUUACUUGUCGCUUUGUUUAGUAAUUAGCUUCACCCCAGAUGAAGGGGAAUUAUCCAGGUUUGGGGUAUUUACCAAGAGAAGCUAUACUGUUAACCUAAGAUGCUGUGUACAGUAUGCAUACAGUCAAAUCUAUACUGGCAUGAUAGCAGAUAUAAGCAAGAGAAACUGACUGAAUGGGGAUGAAAGUCAGUCUUGUAUAUGAUAAUGUUGAUGCAUGAUGGUUAAGACUAAAGGCUAUGGCUUGUUUUGAACUACUGUUGAGUUUGCAUCUCUCUCUCACUCUUUCUCUCACAUACACACAAAUCGUUCAGUGGCCUUUUUACAACUGCUGCAAGAAGUAUUGAGUUAUUUAUUUUUGUCAUUUACUACAGAUGGGUCUUAUUUUAUAUGCUUUGGAAAGCUAUAACCAGCAAAGACAGUGGUACAUAGCAACUGCUUUCAGUUAUCCAAACAAUACAAUCCUCCUUCAAGUGUCCUUACGAUGUUGGCAGUCCACGUCACGAGUUCUGCUUUUCUUUAGUUUCAUUGGCCUUCUCUGCCUUUUUUUUUUUAAAUUUUUUUUAUUCUUGGUUAUCAGGGGACAAACUAUUCACCACUUUAUCAUAAAUUCCAUCCCAUGCUAAAAUGGGGGUUGUGUUUGUGAGGAGUCGUCUGCGUACGUGCGUGUUAUGCCUAUUGUGUGUUUGUGGAAUUAAUUUUGCUUGAAAGAUGAUAAUGAAUAUUAAUAUUGCUUGUCUCGUUAAACGCUGUUGCCUGUGUGCAUAGCAUGAAAUGUGACAAUCUGAUGUCAACUCUCACGCUGUCGUGCAAAUUUUAUAAUCCGAAUCCCAACCUCUUUUUACUUGGUUUGGAUUUGUCUCGGUUCUCGACAUGCCUCUGUAAGUAAAACACCGAGUUGUGGAUAGGUAUUUGUUCUCUAGGUUGUUGGUUUCUAAAUGCUUAUGUGUUAAUUGUUUCUGACCCUCACACUCCCCCAGCUCCAACCCUGAGUGAGCGAUUCUGUGACUUUUUUUUUUUUUUUUGCCAAAUCUGGGAUUGUUUGGGCCUUCCUGCUUCACCUUGCCAGUGAUCCUGACAUUGCUAUGAAACACACAUGUUGUACUGGUGCCCCCCCCCCCGUUUCCUCUUUAUGGGUCAAGUUCUGCAUAACCACUGUGCAUGCAAGCCCCUGCAUUGGAAGUACGGUACAAUUUGUCUGCUGACAGACAGACAGAAUUUGAAGUAAGGUCUGAUCCAUUUCCGACCAGGGAGUAAAAUAAGAUGCCAUUCGUUUCUCACUCCCUUUAGCGCUCCUUUUUGGGAGUCCGGUGGUCUUUUAGGCACUGUGUUUCUAUAUGGCAGUGUCAUAGGAGGGAAGGAGGAGCAGAUGACUUUUUUUUUUAAAUCAGCCUGUUAUUGAAUUGUCUCAGAUGUAAAAGAAAAAAAAAUUAUGACUCAGCCCUACACUGUAUUAAAAUAUGUGUCAGAUUUAAAAGCUAUUUUUAUAAAGGGGAAAACUGUUAGAUUUCACUGUUGUUAAGUACACAAGUGUGAAUACUUGUGCGUCCAUAUUGAUAUGAGUUUUUCUAUAAGAAUGAAGCUUGCUGACUUGUUAGUGUGGGUACAUAUUGUUGUAUGAGUGUAAAAAAAACACAAAAAAGAAAAAAAAACUUUCGCCCAGUGAUUGAUUUUAUCUUCAUGGCCUUAUUAGCACAAAGGAAACUCAGUCGUAUGACAAGGUUCUGUUGACACUACACUGCGGGUGUAUACUGCAGUAAACAGAAUUACAUGACAGGAAAACACGCUAGCGUAAUUACGCUUGUCAUCCACCCAUUUCAUUCAUUAUGGUCCAAUCUGCAAAGUUUCCCUAUAGUGCUUAAUUGCUCAAGGGUGACUUCCGCAGGCAUUUUAGUGUCGUUGAACACCGACAGCCCCACUUGUGCUUGCAGGUGAAAAGCCAGACAGAUGGGAAGCCAGGAUGGAGCGCUUGGUAGACUUUUCCAUUUCAUCAAGUGUCAUACCAUGGUCAGUGGAAGAUCAGCUUCCAGAACGUGAGCCACAGUGUAGUACAUGACCUGCUCGCUGUGAGAUACAGUAGCCUAUAAAAUCCCACUAGAAUGCACUUUUUGUAUUAUAUGCAUUGAGUCAGAGCACCAUAACACUUCUCACCUUGGGUUGUUUCUGCAUCGAUUCUCUUGUAAUUAUCAAUUGGCCUUGUUAGAUAGCGAUGUAUGCAUUUUAUUUCACUUUGUAAUUGAUAAAUAUUUAUAGAAAAAAACAAAAACCAAUGAUUCAACCUUUUCAACGACCUCUAGGUGGCAACAAUCAAUGCCAUUGACAGCGAGAUCCAUAUGAAAAAGAAAACUGUACUGCAGGUACACAAAUCUUAUUGAUUAGCAUAUUCUGAUAUUUCAUCAUGCACUGUCCUUGUUUGUUGUUAUUUUGCUGCUUGUUUAUAGAUGUUGCGAUAUAUUCCUUUUCAACGAUGUUGUCUGAAAUGCUCUGAUGGUAUAUAUUUAUGCAAAUUCUGGUGAGUUAUGUUCUUUUUCGUUGUCUCUAUUUUUUUAUUUCAUGUUUGAAUAAAGCCUUUGACGAUUAUACA